AUGGCCGGCAAAUCCUCGGUUUCAGCAGCGUCCUUAGUGAUCGUGAUCCUCCUUCUGUUCGGACAGCAAUGUGAGGUUAAUGGAUUGCGUAGAUUUUUUCGUGGAAGAAUGUUCCAAACGGAUACCGGCACCAGCCGUACGACGGAUUCGAUCCUGUACACUGGAGCUGAACCAUUUCCGGAUCAUUGGUUCGUGCAGCAGCUAGACCAUAAUGAUCCUACGAAUGCUGCUACAUGGAAGCAACGUUAUCAAGUGAACGAUCACUUCUUCAACGCCUCCAACCCUAACGCGCCUGUGUUUCUUAUGAUUGGUGGAGAAGCUGAAGCGAAACCCUUCUGGAUGCACCAAGGAGCAUGGAUCCAUUAUGCAAAAGCACACGGUGCCCUAUGCUUCCAGCUCGAGCAUCGAUUCUAUGGCAAAAGUCAUCCGACGGCGGAUCUUUCCACCAGCAAUCUUGCGUACCUUACCUCGGAACAGGCACUCGCCGAUCUGGCCUACUUUAUCGUGGCCAUGAACAAAGAGUACAACCUACAGCCACACAAAAAUCGUUGGAUCGUGUUCGGUGGUUCCUAUCCGGGUUCGCUUGCCGCUUGGCUGCGGGAAAAGUAUCCUUCGCUUGUGUACGGAGCGAUCAGUUCCAGUGGCCCACUGCUGGCCAAGAUUGAUUUUGUCGAGUACUUCGAUACGGUUACCCAUUCGCUUGCACGCUACUCGACCGAUUGUGUGGAAUCGGUUCGCAGUGCCGUGAAGCAGAUUGAAACACUGCUGAAGCACAUGAUCGGACAGCGUACGCUUAACGACAAAUUUAAACUUUGCGAUCCGGUGGAGAAAUCGAUCGAAAACCCGCUCGAUAUUGCCAACCUGUUCCAGAAUAUUGCGGGACUAUUUGCUACUGUGGUGCAGUACAACAAGGACAACAGCCCGCACAGUACCACGACGAUCGACCAGGUGUGCGAAAUUAUGGUGAACCAAAGCAUUGGUGCACCGUUCAGCAGGCUAGCGGAGGUGAACCGCGUGAAUUUGGAGUCGACCAAUACAACAUGUCUGGAUUAUUUGUACGAGAAGGAAGUACAGGAACUGCGUAAUACUUCCUGGGAAUCAGCUGCGGCAAUCGGAAUGCGACAGUGGACCUACCAAACCUGCAACGAGUUCGGAUUCUACCAAACAUCGAAUAACGCUAGCUUACUGUUCGGCGAUCGGUUUCCGGUAGAAUUCUUUAUCCGUCAAUGUGCCGAUGUGUACGGUGCCCGGUUUGGAGCACCAUCGCUUAACCGGGGCGUUUAUCGAACGAACACCAUUUACGGUGGGCUUGAUCCAGCCACCACCAACGUACUGUACGUCCACGGUAACAUCGACCCAUGGCACCGGUUAGGGUUGACCGAGAGCAACGACAUCCACAUGCCAACCAUCCUUAUCGACGGUACGGCACACUGUGCGAACAUGUACGAACCGUCCGACAACGAUCCUCCGCAGCUCAAACAAGCGCGUCUGCAAAUCGAAACCUUUAUUACGAAUCUACUGGCAAUGGGAAGCCGUUAA